AUGAAUCAGGCCCUCACGGGUUUGAAGGGAACGGAACUUUAUGUGUAUCUAGAUGACAUAGUGGUUUAUUCUAGCACCGUAGAGGAGCAUUGCCAAAGAUUACAACAUCUCUUUGACAGCCUUAAGGAGAAUGGGUUGACCCUUCAGCCAGAUAAAUGUCGCUUCUUCAUGAAGGAAGUGGCAUAUCUGGGUCACAUAAUAAAUGAAGACGGUAUUCAUCCUGAUCCGUCCAAAGUCAAGGCACUGGUAAACAUGCCUACACCGCUCAAUCAACUAGGAGUGAGGAAAUUCUCCGGUUUCAGUAAUUAUUAUCGAAGGUUCGUUGAGAAUUAUACAGAGAAAGCUGAGCCACUGACCCUACUCCUUAGGAAGAACACUGGAUUUGAAUGGGAAAAGGAGCAGGAUGAGGCUUCCAACCUCCUCAAGAUUGCGAUCACAGAGGACUCACUACUUUCUCAUCCGGAUAUGAGAGCUUUUCGCUAUAACCUGGAUGAUCUAGAGGUCACCUUAGAAGGAGAACCUUUAGAGGAUGAUGAUGUUUUCAAUUCCCCUCAACCUCAAAAUGGUUUGGCUGAUGCUAUGAUAGAGGCUGAGACCCUUAUGGAAGAUGAAGAAAAGGAAGAGAAUACAACAGGUAUUGCUGAUGAAAAUCUUCAGCGUUUUGACAGAUUCAUUAGCAAACUUGAAGAAAGAGAAAAGUUGGAUGAAUCCCGGAAUCAGAAUACACACGACUGGGAUUAUUACGAUGUGCCACCCAUCUUUCAAUUGAAGAAGACAGGGUUAGGCAAGGAAUUUCGGUGUCAGCUAGAUGAGUCAAGUUUACUGUUUGACAAGAAAAUGGCAGAGUAUGGAGAUCAAUCAAUUCAGUUGACCGACCUGACGGACGAAUUACAAGAAACGUCUUUUCCACAAGCCGUGGAGAAAGCCAAUAUCUCCCCUAACGGGGGUGAAACUAGAAUCUCAACGGGGGAGGGAAUGUCGGGUAUAAUCCGGAAAACGGACGAAGGUCUAACGAGAACGGCGAAAGACGGCAACGCAUCAUUAAUCCUAGAAAGUCCCCACCCACCUCGGGAAAACCUACAAACCUCAGAUCAGGGAUGGUUUUUAUUGGCCAGGGAUGAACCAAGAAGUGGAACGUUUUGUCAAACCUGCCGGUUGGAGAAGAUCCGAAGGGUGAAAUUCAAGCAACCCAUGCUUAUCACUGAGACCCCGAGUGAGUGUUUCGACAGAGUAGCAAUCAACACGGUGGGUCCUCUUCCAACAACCAGGAAUGGGAACAAACAUAUCCUGACCAUCCACGAUAGCUUUGCCAAACACUGUAUAGCAGUUCCACUCCUAGACAUCAAGGCUCAUACCAUCGCUCAGGCGUUUGCAACACACUAUGUCGCUCAAUAUGGAUGUCCUAAAGUCGUGCUGUCAGACAAGGGGACUAGUUUUGUUAGCAAGUUGUUUGCCCAGCUAAGUAGAAUUUUGAGAUUCCAUCAUGUCACCACCUCUGGAUACAGACCCCAGUCAAAUGGGGCUCUAGAGAGGAGUCAUCACGUGCUUGUGGAAUACCUCAAGGUACACAGUCAACUAUGCUUCAAGGUCAAUACUAUGGAUCAUAUUGAUAUCAAUGAAGAUGUCUUGCCAAUGUCAAUUGGAGAUUUGAACAAAGCAAUUCAUCCCCUGCAAUCUAAUAAGGCCAACAAACGAUAUUCCAGUGGAAGUGUCAGUACUGACGUCAAAUGUAUGAUGCCUACUACAGAUGAGAAUGAUGACAAAGAAAACUUUGGUCAUUAA